AUGCCAGCAUCUCUCCUUCAAACAUGGCAUGACCAGAUGACCGAACACCUUGAACCAGGCACCCUUUGCUGGCAUAUCUACCGUGGCAGUGGGCGACGCAACAUUUGGAAAGCCCUCUCGAGUGUGCAGGUUGUUUUGACGACCUACGACGUUGUAGCCUCUGAGUAUCGCAAAGCUUUGGGAUCAGAUGCUGCGUUUUCCUCAACGCCCAUCUUUUCACGGACAUGGACACGGGUUGUCCUUGACGAAGCACAUUUGAUCCGGAAUACUGCAGCUUUGCGUACGAAAGCAAGUUUCUGCAAGUUACACCAUUCGACGACCCCACAAUAUUUGAUGAGCAUAUCGUCAAACCCUGGAAGACGAGAUCAGAUCCCAGAGCGGUGGAAAAAAUUAAGGAAGCUCGUCAAGGCUGUUGCUAUUCGACGGUCAAAGAAAUUGCUUGGUUUACCAGCUCGGGAGGAUCAGGUAAAUCGCGUUGAGUUUAGCGAAGAUGAGCGAAAGCGGAAUGAGAAGAUUCGCUUGCGUAUUCGAGACGUUGCUUUCGAUUCGGAUGGCACCAAUUUUUGCACACAUAUUCCGAGGUGGAUCGACGAUCUUCGAGGCCUUUGCGGCCAUGGCGGAGAACCCAUGCGUGCCAGUCGCUCCAGUAUGCAUUUGCCGUCUACGAAUAAGGCACGAUCUCCACUCCAGACUAGCGCCGCGGUUGACUUCGACCAGAUGAGCUUCCUUCUUAGUGACGAUCUGUUGGCCACGACUAACCAAGAGAGGGACUUCUGCGAGACGGCCAACAUAUCCGAUAUGUUGACGGAUGGGGUUGACGACCGCCAGGAACUGAGCCCCAACUGGCGCUCGAGCUGUAAGCGUCCCUAUCAAUGGCCACCUAACUGUUUCCUGAGCACACCCGAUGCAAGUGGAUGUAAUUCACCAUCUCUCGCGUCUCCGGCCGAGUCGGAUCACGCACCAGUGUACUCGUCGAAAGUCUCAGCCCUCCUAUCAGAUAUCUUCAAGCACGGCGGCAAGGCAGUCGUUUUCUCAUUCUGGCGCACCACUUUGGACAUGGUUUCCCGCUCCUUUGAGGAUUGCGGACUGCGCUUUGUGCGGGUCGACGGUACCAUGCCCAACCGUGAGAGAGAUUCCACACUUAAUGUGUUCCGGUCAGACAUAUCAAUCAAAGUGCUAUGGGCCACUGUCUCAGCUGCCGGCUUGGGGCUUGACAUCACUGUUGCCAAACUUAGCUUGUCUGCUGGAGCCUCAAUGGAAUCCAUCGACAGGGGAGCAGGCGCUGAGCCGAGUGCAUCGAAUGAGGCAGACGAAGCGUGUAAAGACCAUCAGAUACGUCGUCAGGAAUACCAUCGAGGAGAACAUUAUUGA